AUGGCCGAAAGUUCUUCCGUUUUGGAAUCAAGAACAUCAAAUCCUUCCUCGGAUGAUUUAAUCACCAAAAGUAUUCAAGAAACCAUCGAUGUCCAAGUGGGUUUGGUUCCCGAUGUCAGAAACGAUAAUCAAGAACCUCAUGAAGUCAAUUUAUCGACUUCUUUGGAUCAAAUCGAAGAGCUACAUGUUGAACAAGGGCAAGAAUUAGUUCCAAAAGAUGAAACCCAUCUCAUAAAUCUCAGUGAUUCCCCUAAUCAGACGAUAAUUCUCGAUGAUUCAUCACGGAUUGAAGCCAUCGAUGAGGGCAAAGAGGAACAAAAUGUGAAGAAAGAAGGAAAGAAAGAGAAACGGGUUCGAAAAAGGGGAAAAGGGUUGAAAAAGAAUUUGAAUUCAAAUUCGAUUCAUGAUUUCGAAAGGCAAAAUGUGUGUGAUUGUGAUAGAAGAGGUGAUAGGGCAAGAGUGAGGUACAUUAGGGAAGAUAUGGAAGCUUUGAGGUAUUCAAGAAUGGAUGAUCAAAAGAAGAAAUGGAUUGAGGUUUAUUGUGGGCUUGGAUCUGUUGUAGCCAAGGAGUAUGAUGGUUUGGGUGGUUCAGUACAUGAUGAGGAGGAAAAUUAUGUGAAUUUUGAUCCUCGGCCGCUAUUCGCCAGCAAAAAGGGUAAUGAGCUUGACAAUGUCGGUGGUGAAAUGCAAAAUACGAACCAAGUGGAUCAUGUAUCGGGUGUAAAUGGCAACGAUUUAGAUGGCUCGCUUGGUGGAGAGGAAGAUGAUUAUGAAGAUGAAGACAGCGAUUCCGAACUUUUUAGCAUUCAAAGACCUGCAUUUUUGGUAACCGGAGAACCUGAUUUUGAUUCGGGGCCUCCACAAGAUGGACUAGAAUAUCUUAGGCGAGUGAGAUGGGAGGCUGAGCAUAUCCCAAAAGUAAAAGUUGCGAAGGUCGAAAGAGAUGCGUUCAACAAAGAACAAACUGUUUAUAUGCCAAAUAUCCCUGAAAUUGCAGCGUGUCCGGAGCAUAUAAUGCCAUCCAAAGAGUGGGAAGAUGUUUUCCUUGCCGACUUUUCAGAGUUAAGGCUGGCGUUAUCCCGCGAUGAAAGUUCUGUUUCUACAUUCUCUAGCAAAAUCGAACCAAUCCCUCUUGCCCAGAGCAUUUUUGAGAGUGUGGUUCAAGAAAAUCUUGAUUUCUGUCAGACAGAUGAUGGCACGAAUACGAUUCAAGAAAAUCUUGAUUUCUGCCAAACAGAAGACCAGAAGACUGCCAACUGCGACUGGCCUAGCUUGCGAACCAUUCUUGAGAUGGAACCAGUGGCUCGUGUGACGAUGCUGAGGAAACGGAUAACGUCCGUGGAGACUGUGAGCUCUUUGAGUCGAAACGAGUGUGCAUGGCUGUUUGCUCUUUGUGCAGCCAUCGACACUCCUCUAGAUGCCGACACCAGUGCUUCGCUUCGUUGCUUGUUGCGAAAAUGUGCGACCCUUCGAGCUCAAAAAUCAGGUCUUGAUGAUGAAGUUAUCAUGCUUAAUAUUUUAGUAACAAUAUCGGGCCAGUAUUUCGGGCAGGCGGAAAACAAGUUAGUUUAAACAUGUUGAAAGUGAAGUGAAGAUUGAGUUUUUGAUCUGAGAUGGGAUUUUGAAGAUUUUGAUACUUCUUAUCAUUGAUCCCAUGAUCUGUUUUACAUCUUCAGUUUCUUGAAAUUUUUGGUAGUUUUUCAAGAAAACUCAUCAAAUUGACCUAUUUUUGGUAUUCCAUGCUUCAUUUUCUUGAAAAUAUUAUAAAUUCAAAUUA